CUCAUGAGAUGUUUUUUGGUAAGGUUUCACCUUAUCAUCAUCUCCGUGUAUUUGGGUGUUUGGCUUACUACAAAGACACUCACGCACAUCUUGAUAAUUUGCUUAUCGUGGUUGAGCAGGAAUCUUCUUGGGCUAUGCAAUGACCCAAAAGGGUUACCGAAUUUUCGAUAUAAUCUCCUGGCGAUUCAUAACUUCUCGGGACGUUAUAUUCCACGAGAACUUGUUUCGUAUGCAGGAUGAGGCUCGGUGACUCGCUACGACACAACACCUAACAAUGGCCAAGUGUAACUAAUGGAAGGGACUGCAGUAUAGUGCCUCAAGUAAUAAAUAUCGAAUCCACGGGUCUUUAGAGUUACUAUUACUCAGCUUCAGUUUAUUAUUUAGCAAACCAGAUUAAUAAGGAAGAACUAAAACUACUCUAGCAAACUACAAUUAAAGUUAAUUUAAUCACAGGUUGGGAACUCACUUAGGUAUGAUUCCCCCUAGCCACUAGCCAGAUUAAUUAUUGAUGAUUUCUAACUUGUUUCGUUUUCAUUCACAAUGCGGAGAAUCCUUGACUAGACCUUGAGUCUCGACUAAAGGAACAAGGCCCUCUUGAGUCAAUUGCCUAGAGGGACGUAUCCUUCUCUAGAACAACCGAUCAAGGCAUUCUGAACUAGACUCCCUCUAUCGAAAGAGGUUCUCAGUCGAUACAAAGCAGUGAAUCAACCCUCGACUAAAGCAAUCGAUCCACUACUAUCAAACUAUGGUGCUCUAUUGACCUAAUCAGGUAUUCGCUCUCAUGGGAUCAAAGCAGAAUCAAUAAUCUCAACUAAAGCAUAAUUGAUUCAUGAAAACAUGCAUAGAUUGAAUAUGAACUCAAGGUUAUCAAGUCAGAGUACUCAUACAAUCAUCCAAUCAAACACACAUAGCUAGGGUUCCUCAAAACCUAAGUGAAGGGAAGUUACUCCAUGGAGAAGAGAGAGACUGUAGUAAGAAUCUUCAGAUGAUCAGUCUUCAAGUCCGGGCUUGUUCCUCGAGCUUCCAAGGGGAAGAAAUCCUCCAGUUCCACUCCAAGAAUGCCCUCAAAUCGCCCUCUCUCUCUUUGGGUGUUUGGGAUCCAAAACCCAGCUCCCCCUCUCUUUUGCUCGAAACUGGGUUAAAAACCAAGAAAUUCCCGAUCACACGGGCAGGCCACACGACCGGGUGACUCUCCCAGGCUGCCCGUGUGAGUGUCAAAACGCGGAGUUUCGAUAAGUGGCUUCAGGCUUCCUACACGGCCACGACCCACACGGCCGUGUGGACUGCCAGGGUGCCCGUGUGAGUUCCCUAGAAUUUCCACACGGCCACAAGGGGUCCCCUACACGGCCGUGUGUCUUUUAGGCAUGCACGUGUGACUUCCUCAGCUUCUCUCUAAACGUCUGAUCUCCAUCCAAUCGACUCCGAACUCGUUCCUAAACCUUCAUUCACGUACUAGGACCUGAAAUAUCACAAACAAGAACAACCUAGCGUGAAAUCGGCCUAAAACACGAGAAUCAACAUCUCAAACGGCUCAAGAAUAGGGGUGAAAACAUGUGUAAUUAUUGGUCUAUCACUCGACAUGAGCCCCACUAGAUACCUUGGACCAUUGUUCCUUCCCAAUAAGACACCGAUGUUGCUUCUCCUCUUCGUCCCACUGAUGAACCAUCCUCGGAUCAACCUGAUCCAACCCCUAGUGGUGGAUGUGGAUCCUCCGUCCCUUUGGGCCUUGGGUCUUCACAAGAACCCACGUCGCCAGCUUCCAUACGACCCAUUGAGCUUACACCUGUGCCGCACUCUUUCUCUCAUGCCGACAGUGGCAAUGUUCCUGGAUCCUCCUCCUCCACUUCACCUACAAGUGCCACUCAGCAGCAACGCACGCCUCCUCCACCAGUGUUGAGAUGGAGUGAUCGCUAUCGGCCUAAGCGCCUGGAAAGUUAUGACACCUAGUUUACGGGUUCCAGUACUCAGGGAUGUUCCUUGUCUCUUACUCGUUAUCCACUUGCUGCUUAUGUUGAUUAUUCUUGUUUCAAGGGUACUUCUACCAGGCAGUCCGCGAUGCAUGUUAGCGAGAGGCCAUGUCACGCAAGAUCGAUGCGCUUAAAAAUAAUGGCACCUGGAGUCUCGUUUUCCUUCCUCCAUGCAAGCAUGCUAUUGCUUCAAAGUGGGUCUACAAGAUCAAAUAUUUUCCCGAUGGGACUAUCGAGAGAUACAAAGCUCGGCUAGUGGCCAAAGGUUAAACUCAGAUUAAAGACCUUGACUUCCAUGAUACUUUUGCCCAAGUACCUAAACUGGUCACCGUAUGUUGUCUCAUUGCGGUUGCGGUCAGUCGAGGUUGGCAUCUUCAUCAGCUCGAUGUCAACAAUGCCUUCCUCCAUGGAAAUCUUCUAAGGAAGUCUAUAUGGAGAUUCCUGAAGGGUUUCGAAAACCCGGUGACACACGAGUUUGUCGUUUGAAUAAAUCCAUUUAUGGGCUUCGACAAGCAUCGCGUAACUGGUACCAGAAGUUUACCUCUACACUUUGUACCUUUGGUUUUCGGUCCUCGGCUACUGAGCGUCCCUCUUCAUGUACCUUCACGGCAACACCAUGGUCACAGCCUUGAUCUAUGUUGAUGAUGUCAUUCUUGCGGGAAAUGACUUGGUUUUUAUGGAGCAGGUAAAUAAAUUCUUGAAUGACCA